AUGGGGGAGGACGAAGACGACCGCUGGUUUGACCAGAGCCGCAAGCCCCACACCAUUCCAGUCAAAGCCCAGGUUCCACGUGCUUCGGUGCGAGUGUCAGCACUCUCGUGGAAUCUCGCGGGGGAUCGUCGCUUUUCUUUCCUCGUCAAGACCUCCUCCACCUCGGUCACCCUCGCGCAUUUUUGCGCCAGGGCCAGGAGGCUAAGGGCUCCUUCGCUAGCACAAGAUGCGAAUUUCGGGUUGGGGUUAAAAAUGCGCCUGAGGCGGAGAGAAUGGCGUGAUGAUCACCUAGUAACUUAG